ACGUAACUAAAGUCUGAACAAACUCUAAGUUCACAUAUAAGUCUAUGAUGUUAACCAUUCACACACAUUCCCCCGCUUUCAUCAACAAGGCCACAAAGCCGCGGUUCGCGAAAUGCUCUGAAGUCCACUUUUGAUAAUUCUGCUAUAGUUGUUACGUACCACCGCAAGCCAAUGACUUUAGCUUUGCGUGGCAAUGUUUACCGCGAAUUACAUUACUUUAUAAGACUGUGUUGUUUUUACGUUUUAAGGUCAGUUUAUAUUUGUGCUUUAAGGAAGCAGUAUGUAUCGUGUUGUGAGGUGUUUAGUAGUGUCUCGAGUGCCUUACAGUCUAGGCACUAACAGAUAUUCGACUGGAUCAUCUACAUUCGCGACAGAUAAGCCGUACGCAAGAGUUUCUGACUAUUAUGCGGGACGAUCUGUAUUUAUCACUGGUGGAACUGGUUUCCUUGGAAAGGUAAUAAUAGAGAGGCUACUGUACAAUUGCACUGAAAUUGAAAAUAUUUUCGUAUUAAUAAGGCCAAAGAAAGGAGUUAGUACGCAAAAACGGUUGGAAGAAAUGACCAAUGUUCCGCUUUUUACAAAACUUAAACAAAGAAGGCCAGAUGACUUAAAAAAGAUAAUUCCUGUCGAGGGAGACAUGACUGCCCCCCAACUGGGAAUUAAAUCAUAUGAUCAGGAGACUUUGAUUAAUAAGGUUUCCGUUGUAUUUCACUCUGCAGCAACAGUCAGAUUUGCAGAUACAUUUAAAGAAACAAUGGAUGCUAAUGUAGGUGGUACGCGUAAAGUAUUAAACCUAAGCAAGAAAAUAAAAAAUAUAGACAAAUUUGUGUACAUUUCAACCGCAUAUUCAAAUUCGGACAGAUUAAUAAUUGAUGAAGUUUUAUACCAGCCAUCAGAAAAAAUGAAAGAAAUUGACAAAUACUAUGAAAGCCGGAAGGAUUAUAAAAAAGAAGAGCUCAACACACUUCUAGAUGAUGUUCCUAAUAUUUACGCAGUUUCCAAAGCCCUAUGUGAGCAUAUAGUAAGCACAGAACGAGGAAGCAUGCCUUUGAUCAUGGUGAGACCAUCAAUUGUGACACCCAUACUGAAAGAGCCUUUACCUGGUUGGGCAGACACCUGGAUUGCAGCAACAGCAAUAUAUAGUGAUAUGGCACGAGGGGUGAUGACCAUAAUGUAUGGUAAUGAUAAAAAUGUAUGCGAUUUAGUACCUGUGGACUAUUUGUGCAAUUUUAUUAUAGUAGCAGCAGCUCAGAAGAUACCACGGUCUGAUGAUAUUCCAGUUUUCAACUUUAGUAGCAGUUCUGUAAAUCCUAUCACGUGGCAGCGUGCAGGCGAUCUGUUUUUAAAAGAAAGCAAAAACUUAGGAUACAGUUCAAGAGUUCCGAAUAAAGUUUUACAGACAGAAUCUAAAUUAGUGGCUCGUACUACAGUAUUUCUAUGUCAGUAUCUUCCGUCGAUAUUAAAAGAUAUUGGUCUCAUUAUAACUGGAAAGAAACCAAGGUACUUGAAGGACAGUAGGCGGAGCACCUUACUCCGCGAACUGAUGAAGCCAUUCAGCACCACAUCAUGGCUUAUAAAAUCUGAUAACACUCAAGCACUGAUCGCAUCACUAGAUGAAAACGAUAAAAGUAUAUUCUUUUGUAAUGUUGCUGACAUUGAUUGGGAAAAAUAUAUGCAAACAUUCUGUUUAGGUGUUAAGAAGUAUCUCGUUGAUGGUAAGGUUAAAUAAAUUAUAGAAAUAA